AGCAGCAGACCCUCUCCUACUGAGCAUUUCUUUACAGAGCAGAGAGAGAGAGAGCUGGAGAGGAGGAGAGGGAUUUCAGUUAAAGAGUCGCCACUCUGGAAGAUCUGUGGACAAACGGAGGGAGAAAAGCAAGAAGACAGGGAAAGGGAAAAUUUGGAAAAGGCUGAAGAUGGUGUGUCUAUGCUGGUUGCUAGUGGUGGUGUUGGCAUAUGUGUGCGUCCCUGGGUUUGGGUCGGUGUGCCGGGACAACUCCAUCUGCAACGACUUGAAAGACAAGGGAAGGAUACUGGAGUGUAUUCACCUCUGCACGUCUGUGAUCCAGACUGAAUUGCCGGAGCUCAGCGCAUUGGCACUUAAGAUCAAUGAUGAUGAUGACCUCUUACUCAGCAUCAUUUAUCAUCAUCUGGCCACCCUGGCCUCCUCUGAAGACAAGAUAUCAGAGUCAGAUCUGAAAGCCCACAGCAACGAGCGACGCUCCUAUUCAAUGGAGCAUUUCCGCUGGGGGAAACCCUCUGGCCGUAAACGCCGGCCCAUCAAAGUCUUCGCCUCUUCUCUGGAAGGAGGGGGCUCCUCCGAGGGCAGUUUCCGGGCUCGCAGGCAGCUGAGCAGUAACGAGGAUAAAGCAAAGGGGGAGCUGAAUCAAGAGAGCCAUCAAAACCAGGGGUUGCCAAGGGCAAGGGUCAGCUCCAAAACAAACAUAAUGUUGAGCCCACAGAACAGAAAAGACGGGACGUAUCGGAUGAGUCACUUCAGAUGGGGGAACCCACCUGCCUCUAAACGUAAUGGCAUUUUUAUGAAGCCGUGGGAGGAGAAACCUCAGGGGCAGCUGGCUAAGCUCUUUAGGAACAUUAUAUUCAAGGAUGUGCAGAGAAUAAUGGGAUGAAUGGAGAAGAAGGGGAGGGGGGUAGUUGAACAAGUUUAAUAGCCAUUGCAUGUUAGUACCGACAGGUUUUAAUUUAAAAUCACAGAAACUUUUCGCUAUCAUUGGCAUGUUGCUGAAUGUCUCUUCUGUGCCAAAGGUUUGUCUCAUUAAAACCUUAACUAGAGAGAUAAGAAACGAGGCAGUUUUAUGUUGAAUAAAAGCAAUGAUGCACCUGCCGACUGCCAUGAGCUUUUGGCCUUGACUCAAAUGUUUUCUUAGGAGUUUUUUUUUGUUCUGUUUGUUUGUUUUUGUGGGUAGUGUCAUUACUGAUUAAAUGUUUUGAAAAAGGAACUAAACAGAGAAUGCAAUUCCAGGGCAGGAGGUGUUCAUGAAGGAAAGUAUUUUAAAAAGCAUAAAAAG